CAGAUUUAUGUUGGCAAUAGUGUUAGGAGAUUAAAUGUGUUGUUAGGUAUUGUCGUGUAUAGAAGGUGGAAGCGAUUAGUUCGUAAUAUAAAUUUAUCCGUACACUAUUGCAAUUCACCAUAACUGAAUGUAGUAGUAAAAGGUGAAAACAUUUUGAAGCAAAACGGGUGUAGUGUGAACUGUUAAUGGAUAUAUAGUUUUCUAAUGUAGUAUUUCGGGCGUAUCUAGAGAGUAGCAAAAUGGCGAUGCUUUGAAAGUAUUUCGACAUUUUGUGUUAUAGAAAAGGUCUCUGUUCGUAAGCUAGUAGGCUUUGUGAGUUGUCAUAGAGGUGUAAGUUAAAACGAAGGAUACAGUUGCAUAUGGACUUCGGUUUCACGUCUCGUAUUGCCAUUCUUUUACAUUCAGCAACUUCAUUGAUAACAGUCUAAAAGAUAGAGACCUUGGUGUUACUGUGAUUUGUAUGUGAAAUUUCACCUAAAAUUGCUUUCAGUAAUAGUAUUUUCAUGCAAAGUGAAUACAAUGGGAGACAAAUGCCAAAACCAACUGCUUGCCAACCCAUGGCAGUAUCCUCCACCGUAUGGAAUUUAUGCCCCUUAUGCCAGUCAACCUUAUGGACACAAUGGAUAUGGUCAUCCAGGGCAGUACUUUUAUGGUUAUUCGGGAAUGGGCUUUAAUCCAAAUAGCCCACAAGGUCUGAAUGGGCCAAAUAAUCAGAAUGUCCCUCAAGUGCAGAGUAUGAAUCAUGCAAUGCCCAACAAGGCCUUCCCAUCAGAUUUCAACCACCAGAACAAUGCUUGUUCGAAUAAUCAACCAGAUCCAAAUGACAAGAACUCAGAUUGUAAUGAGCUGCCACCUCUUCCUCCUGGACCACCUCCUCCCUUAAGUGGUCAUAAUUACGCAGUUCCAACGCCUCCUGGUACUUCUCCUCUUAGGCCUCAGUUUUAUGGCCAAACUAAUAACACUUAUAACCCAGUCAAGUUCAAUCUUGCGAACAAGAAGACUGGCCUUGGUUUCAAACCAUUCAACAAUGGAGGCGGAAAUAAGAAGAAACGCAAGAAGAAUAAAAAUAACCAGUUCAAUAAUAGCUUCAACAAUUCCAUGGCUGGGAAUAGUCCAGUGUUUUUACAUCUACCUCCCCUGCCACCAGAAGUUUCCCCACCUCCCUUUCCACCACUUCCGCCACUUCCACAGGAACCGGCUCCACCUGCCCCACCAAGUGAAGACCCAAAUAAAGAUGAGGUAACUGAUCAGGCCCAUAUAAUGAAACCUAUGGAAACGAGUACUGACACACCGUUUUCUGUCACAACAAAGACACUGGAAGAACGUGCUUCGGCUGCUGUAAGCAAUUCACAAGUGCAGCAGAAAACUUUACUGACACCCCCCGCCACCUCAUUCAAUCCCUCUGGUGAUUGGCCAGAGGGCCUCAAGAAUUAUGUGAAUCGUUGUUAUGCAAAAUGUGUGGAGAAUGUGGACAAGGACCAGGUAGAGAUAAUACUGAAGGGCAAGAUUACGAGGGCUGCCAACGAAGGUUCGCUGUGGAUUAAAAAUUGGGAUAAAGAACCCCUUCCAAGUAUACACAGCGAAAGGAAGUUUAUCGAGAUCAAGAAAACUUACCCAACAUCUUCUCCUGACCUCAGCUGUUCGAGUUCAACACCGCAGAAACAACAGUCUGGAGGACGGGGAAAGAAAUCUGGUCUUUCAGCAGCGAUGGGAUCACGUUUAGGGGUGAGGAGCUAUAGGAGAAAGUCUCGCUCAAGAAGUAGGUCGAGAACAAGGUCACACUCCAGGUCACCAUCACUGAGCAGGUCAAGGAGGAACAGGUCAAGGUCCAGUGACAGUUCACGCAGUCCUGUACGACGCAAACGAACUAGAAGUGACAGCUCAUCAAGCAGUGAUGACAAUUUCAAGCCCCUCAGGGUAACAAAGAACCGAGGAGGGGGUCGUGUUACUGAUAGACUAUCCCUGAAGGGACGAACUGGAAACAAGAGCAAGGGCAAAGGCAGACAGAACAGUAAGGGCACAAAAUCUCACUUUUAUUCUGAAUUUGGGCUAAAUAGUGAUGAGCUUGGCAAUUCAGAACGGCUCCAGCAACGGGCUGCAAGAUUCAGUUCUAAUUUAAAGAGCAGUGCAAGCAGUGCAUCAUCACAAACUGCACCACAGCGACGCAAGAAACCAUUAAGCUUGGUCACAACCAUAGCUAAUAUGGGCAUAUAUGAGGAUCUGUGUGGAGACAUUGAUUGGUCAGAAUUUCAUGUUGUGGGCACAUGUCAAGAUAUUGAGAAGCCAUACCUUCGACUCACUUCAGCCCCUGAUGCAUCAAUUGUUCGUCCAGUGGAAGUUUUAAAAAAUUCAAUUAUGAAGGUGAAAGAGCGCUGGGUAAUAACUCAGGAUUAUCGCUAUGCCUGUGAUCAAAUGAAAUCCAUUAGGCAAGACUUGACUGUUCAAGGGAUUCGUGAUGCAUUUACCGUGGAAGUGUACGAGACGCAUGCAAGAAUCGCUCUGGAGAAAGGAGACCAUGAGGAAUUUAAUCAGUGCCAGACGCAGCUCAAGAUGCUGUAUUCUGAGAUUGGUGGUGCAAACAGGCUGGAAUUUACUGCGUAUCGUAUUCUGUACUAUAUUUUCACCAAAAACACUCUUGACUUAACUACAAUUCUGGCAUCACUGACUCCAGAAGACAAGACAGAUGAAUGUGUGGUACAUGCACUGGCAGUCCGCUCAGCAUGGUGGCUUGGAAAUUACCAUCGCUUAUUUAAACUUUAUACUGAAUCACCCCGCAUGGCAGGGUAUCUGAUUGACUGGUUUGCAGACAGAGAGCGUAAAGCAGCCAUCAAAUCAUUGAUCAAAACCUACCGUCCGUUCUUGCCCCUGAGUUUCGUGGUGCAGGAAUUGGCUUUCGAUUCGGAUGAGAAGUGCUUAGAAUUUAUAACACCAUUUGGCCUCACAUUUGAGGGUAACCAGAGGACCAGGAUUGAUUGCAAAGCUAGUCUUGCGGCUAUCAACGCAAUGUGAAAUGUAUGUUGUAGGGAGGUCCCAAGGGGUUGUUCACGUCAUCUGUAAAAAUGAAAUCCAUAAUUUUUCACUGCCAUCCUGUGUUGAUAGCGUGGUUUUACUGUGCUAAUAUACUUCAUUCAGAAGAUGUGGGAGUAUUACUUUUUGGUGAUCAAGUUGUAAGGAAGUGUAGGGAAGUAACGUAUUUUCAACUGUAUGCAUCUUUACAAGGACAGUAUCAUGAUAAUUAUGUGUAAUAAAUAAUAAGACAUUCUCAUACACAUCCCAGCAAGAAGAUAUAUAUGUGUACAGACUUGAUAUUCAGGUGAUAACACAUUCCAGGAUUGUUAUUCUGUGUUCUUUAAGUCUUGUGAAGAGGAUGGUUUCUGCAAGAAAAGUGUGUCAGUUCCAUUCACCGAAGUGUAACUCCAGAAUAUGUAAAACUAGGAGGCAGAUUCAACUAAGGUUCCAGCUAUGAAGACCACAUUAUUUAAUGUGAAUUUAGAAUUUGAAUAUACAUUAUUUGUUGUGUAACACAACAUAGUGAUUGAUGUCUUUGACCAUUACAAUUUGUUAGGGAUACCACUUAUUAAUAUGAGAUUGUUUCCAAAGUUUUGAAGUCUGAAGAGGAUGAAGUCUUUAAGUACUUUUAUUCCAAGAGGAAAAUUUCAGAUACUUGCACAUUAUGGUGAAGAACAAAAGGCAACUCAGAGUUGAAGAAACUUCUCUGUAGAGGCAAGUUGCUUCAAGUACAGCACAAGAAAGAAGAGGACAUUAACUACCAUGAUUAUUGUAGCAUUAACAGUGGAUUCCAUUAAUGUUUCUUGUGGCUUGUCUCAUACAUAGUUAUUGUUUCAUUGCAAAUCUUAUACUGUGCUAUCAUCCAGUGUUUCAGACAAAUGGCAGGCACUUGGAUGAAUGCAUGUACAAAGUUUGCUUUUGGGACAAAACGCUGUAUGAUACUAUAAAUAUUCAAGUUGCGAUGGAGUACUUUGAAAAGCAGUAUUCAUCAACUUUGUGGACCUUGACAAAUUUUGGAUGUAGUCAGGAUCAAACUGUCAUGACUACAUUCAGAUUUGUUGAGAGGACUGAACAGGUUCCUUGCUUGCUCAUAAAGAUUCCAGUUUCAUUUCAUUUGAGUUAGGAGAGUAAUUUUAUAUGAAGAGUCUCCAAGAUUUCAUCAUGCAAGUUGGAGGAAUGUUGAGCUGUGGAAUUUUGAAGAUAAACAUGAAAAUGCUGUGUGGCUGAGGAAAACGAACAUUUCACCAGAGCAAGGGUUCUAGACUUGCUGAAGAUAUUGAUUCUUGAAUGGAGAACAAACUUAAAUCAUUCUCCAAAAAAUCUUAUUGAGAGGUAACUGUAAUGUGUAUAUAUCCUGUUGUUAUAAAUAAAUGCAUAACACACGGUAAGGCGGUAAUGGAAGAAAUACAACAAUUAAAUGAAGUAACACUGGCUGUGGAAAAGAGUACUGAAAUGCCACCAAGGUCAUCUGCAUUAAAAUUCAACAUUUUCCCAUUUUAUUUUUAUUCCUAGCAUUAUUUCAUCAUGACAAAGACAUACAAGAAGCAUAGUAGCCAUUCACUUUGAGAUGACAACAUGGCGUCUGGUUGUUGGCAGAUGGAAACACGAGGAAAUACAAGAAUUAAACGAAGUAACACUGGCUGUGGAAAAGGAAAAGUAUACCAAAAUGCCACCAAGACUGUCUGCAUUAAAAUCAACAUAUUUUCCUGUUCUAUUUUUAUUCGUAGCACUAUUUUAUCACGACAGAGAGCUACAAGAAGCAUAGGUGUGCCAUUCACUUUGAGGUGACAACAUGGCAUCUGGUUGUUCUUGUGUUGAUUAAAAUUCUUCGUUGAGUCUUGGUUUGAUAGCUUCUUAUCACUGCUGAGGUGUUUUGUCUUCUGUCAUAUUGCCAUUUAGAACUUGGGGACCUCCCUUCAUGUCCUGCCAAGGUAGUUAGGAUUUUGAAGCAGUAAGUUAGGCUACUACUGGAUGAAAGCAGGGCUGAGCUUCAAGGAGAUAACACUGCUUGAGAUGGAAGGAUGAAGAGAGAUAUGCUACUGAGGCUGAUUUCCUAGCAACGUGAUUUUCCAUUUUGCAUCUGUAUAAUGAUGAAGAAAACCCACAGCAUUCCUGCGCUGUAUCAGAAGAAUGGAGAAGAAGAUGGCAACUUGGUUUGGUCUCACUUCAGUACAUUUUUCACCUUGCAUCACUUUUAAUUCCUUAUGUAAUUUUCUUCCCACUUCCUUUAUCCUAACCUUUCCUUAAUAUUGGUAUUUAUCUUGUCUGUCGACUGUGACUGUUUUUUUUUGUCCUUAUAAUCUGCAAACUAAUUUAAUUUUUCUUUCAGUGUAUAUUAUACAGUGCUGAAAAUACAUUUUUGUUACAUAAUCUAUUAUGUCCAGUGCUUAAAAUCUCUAAAUAUGCGUAAGAAGUACAUGUUACAGUGCUACACGAUUUCUGAUGAAAGUGUGAGAAUGUUACUCGUAAAUAUCCAGGAAACUGCUGUGCCCUCAAGUACAGUAAAAAACUUCGAGGCAGUCGGUGCAGCAACUUGGGGAAGUUGAGUUUGUGACUUGAGAGUUUUAUUUCUAGUAGUAUCACAUUUUAAAGGCUGAUAUGUGUGUUUACACAUUCACUGUACCCAAAGAAACCUAUGGACUUGUUACAAUAUGGAGAUUUAAUGGAAAAUCUUACUGUAUGAAAUACAGUGUGGAACAUAUUUAAUUAUUUUCGUGUUUUUUUUUGUUUUUUUUUUGUAUAAUAUGAAAAAAAGUAUCAAUUCUUUAUCUUCAUUAACAAUGUUUAGAGAUUUGUUAUGUACAUAAAUCAUACAUCUGGUGUAAUAAUAAAUGUGUGUUAAUUUCUUAUGUUCAGUCAGAAUAUUAAAUUCCAACUUUGUAAUAUGGAAACAUGACAGUGAACCUAUUCCCAUGUUAUCAGAAAAUCUAAUUUUUGCUGUUACUUCUCUAACAACAAAUAAAAUUAUGCAAGACUA